GACGCGUCCGCGGGGCGACGGGGCGACGGGCUCGGCGGCGGGCGGGAGGGAGGCGGGGGCGCGGCCGGCGCGAUGGGCAACCUGUUCGGGCGCAAGAAGCAGAGCCGCGUCACGGAGCAGGACAGGGCCAUCCUGCAACUGAAGCAGCAGCGGGACAAGCUGAGGCAGUACCAGCGGAGGGUCACGCAGCAGCUGGAGCGCGAGCGCGAGGUGGCCCGGCAGCUCCUGCGCGAGGGCCGGAAGGAGCGGGCCAAGCUGCUGCUCAGGAAGAAGCGGUACCGGGAGCAGCUGCUGGACAAGACGGAAAACCAGAUCACCAGCCUGGAGACCAUGGUCCAGAGCAUCGAGUUCACUCAGAUCGAGAUGAAGGUGAUCGAGGGGCUGAAGUUCGGAAACGAGUGUCUGAAUAAGAUGCACCAGGUGAUGUCCAUCGAGGAGGUGGAGCGGGUGCUGGACGAGACGCAGGAGGCCGUGGAGUACCAGCGGCAAAUAGACGAGCUGCUGGCCGGGAGCUUCACUCAGGAGGACGAGGCCGCCAUCCUGGAGGAGCUGGACGCCAUCACGCAGGAACAGGUCGAGCUCCCAGAGGUGCCCUCAGAGCCCCUUCCGGAGAAGCCAGAGAAAGUCCCCGUCAGGACCCGGCCCCGGCAGGCGGACCUGGUGGCAGCCUCCUAACAGCUCCUGCUGGCCUGCAGGGACCCAGGGACUGGCCCACAGAGCCCCGGCCGGCCCGGCCGCGGUGCCACGGGUGCACACGGCUCGCUGCCUGGGAGCCUCCACGCGCCUCCCGGCGGGGGUUGCUGCCUAGUACUCGUUUCUGGAUUAAGUGGCAACAGUCAGACCUUCUGGCCAAAUGCGGCUUCUGCAGCUGUGGCUCCACAGGCCGUGCCGGCCACCUCGCCUGGUGCUGGUCCCUCGCCUGGCCCUGCGUUCCCUGGCGGGGGCUUUGACAAGGCAGCAGGCACCUGACCGGGCUUCCCGGCCGCCGGCUGCCUAUGGGCUCGGGUGGAAGCACACUUCUGUGUCUGCGUUUGGGGAGGGAGGCCGGGGCGCGUCCCUGCUGGACCGAUGGCUCCAGGAGCCCUGGCCUCCCUCGUCACCUGCGGGCCUGCUGAGAAAGGACAUGACAGCGGGUGCUGCCGGGAUGAGUGCCCGUGGGACUCUGCGGGGCUGGGGCUGGGGACCUGCCGAGACCCAGGGCUUGCCGGCCCGUCCACUCCGCGCUGUCGGCCACCAAAGAGGUGGGGGCACUUCCGACUCACAUUCACCUGGAACGACAGUCUCACUGGGUCUCACUCCCAGCCCCAGGCAGCACCCCAUUAAAGUUGGUCCUGCACA